CCCCGCUCGGGCGCGGGGGCCGAGGCGGAGGCGGCGGGCGGGGACGGGGCGAUGCUGCGGCACCUGACGCGCAAGCUGCGGGCCAGCGGGCCGAUCUCGGUGGCCGAGUACAUGCGGGAGGCGCUCACCAACCCCGGCCAGCGUUACUACACACGCCGCGGCGGCGUCGGCGAGAGCGGGGACUUCAUCACCUCGCCUGAAAUAAGCCAGGUGUUCGGAGAGUUAAUAGGAAUAUGGUACAUUAGUGAAUGGAUGGCCAUGGGCAAACCAACCACCUUCCAGCUGGUGGAGCUGGGCCCAGGGAGGGGCACCCUCACGGAGGAUAUAUUGCGGGUAGGUGAAAACCACUCGUGUUCUUUGUUUCUGGCUGUAUUCCAUAGCUGCAGUGAAAUCUGAGGGGAAGAUGUUUCACUGCCUUGCCUAGUAGCCAGAUCACUUCAACAUGAGUACUUUGGGCUCGUUGAACAGCGAACAGAAAAAGGCUGGCGUGAGGUGUUGGUUGAUAUUGACCCAGAAGUUCCUGACCAGCUGCGGUUUGUCCUGUCACCAUCCAGGACCCCUGCGACACAAAACUUUAUUCAGCCAGAAGAAACAAGAGACCACGUGGAAGUGUGUCCUGAGGCUGGUGUCAUUGUGCAGAGGCUGGCCUCUCGAAUAAAGAAGGAUGGUGGAGCUGCUCUGGUCGCAGAUUACGGCCACGACGGAACCAAAACUGACACUUUCCGGGGUUUUCGGAAUCACAAACUUCACAAUGUGCUGAGUGCUCCAGGUACAGCAGACCUGACAGCAGAUGUUGAUUUCAGCUACCUUCGAAAGAUGGCACAGGGAAAAACAGCUACAUUAGGCCCUAUAAAACAGAGGGAGUUUUUAAAGAACAUGGGCAUUGACCUCCGACUGCAGGUGCUCUUGCAGAAUUCAAGUGACACAGCAACUCGUGAGCAGUUACUUCACAGCUAUGCUAUGUUGAUGAAUCCCGAGAAGAUGGGAGACUGUUUUAAUUUUUUUGCCCUGCUGCCUCACCACAGACUUGUACAUCCUGACAAGAAAGAUAAGCCAGAAUCAAAGUCUCCCCUACCACCUGUUGCUGGAUUUAAUGAACUGUUACUAAAGUAAUUUUAAAUACUAUGGCAAAAUGCAGGAUGGCUGUUUCAGAAUGAGUCUGGUGCAGCACACCAAACCUCUGGACUGACCUGUUCAAAGCAGUAUGAGUGGAAAUAAAACACUGCGCAUACAGAAACCAGCACACACAGAGCAAAGAAUGAACAAUGUUUUGGGAGUCUUUUGAGAGAACAGAUUGAAAUAUUUACUAAUGGAUUCCAAACUUGUCAGUAACAUGCACUAUGAAGACUUUAAAUGUAUACAAGCUUUGGUACUUGAAUAAAAUCAAGAUGCCUUGACA